CUAGAAUAUUGACUGAAAGAGAUCCAAGUCGUGACAAAACGAAUUUCGAAUGUUUGCGACAUGCACUAGCUACAUUACCUACAUAUGUAUCAGGUGGCCGUGCAUUUGCUAUUGUCACCGAUACAGCAUCCAAAAUAUCGAACUUUGCUCCAGCAGCUCAUCGUGACAGUUCUUUUCGUGCUCAGAAGAACAGGUUGGCUGUAUAUCCGCCAUUUUAUCAUAUUGCCACAUUGGACAUUUUCAUGACAGAAGAAACAGAACCAAAGACGUUACACCAAGUGGCAUCACCACAAUACUUCUUUCGUUAUGGCGGGCCUCUUUGGGGUGGAUUGCUCAACGUCAAAGAUACUUAUUCAAGUCUCGACUUUGAAGAUUGGAUCACAAAGAAGCAUACCGAGAAAAUAACAAUAUCAGAAUCCAUUGCAUUUCUCGGAGCACGAUUGUGUAUUGACGUUGUAUCCCAGACUGAAUUGGCUACAGAACUUGUUGCUAGUUAUAUGAAAGCGUCAGUCCAUAUAACAAAUAAUAUUAACGUAAUCGGGUUAUCACAUUUUGUUGGCACACUUAUUAAUGCUCUCAGGGAAGGAUCAGUAAAAGGUGGAUACAGAGGAGAGUUAGUUGCCCGAUUGAUCUUGAUGAUGGCAUGGGAUAAAGCCUGCUUCGAGUAUAGUCAUACCCAAGUAGCAAAUCAGUUCUCACGUCCAAUGACAUUGCAGCAAUAUUUCAAAGAUCUCCUUUUUCCGGAAGUUUGGCGGGAACUUCAAGACAAACUUUCACCAGAAUUACAAAAUGCGAGAAUUAGGUUCACCCAUUUCAUUCAUGUUACAUAUACACCAUCCCCAAAACAGCUUCUUGAGUUUUUUCGACGUGGAGCCGCAGAUGAGGAAUUUUCUUUCGACAAAGUAACAUAUGUCUUGAUCCAAGUUAAAAAUUAUCAAAGCGGAAAGGACCCUAUUUAUCUAAUGACAGCAACAUCAUUACUUUCUCCAGAUAAUGCUGUCCUGAUCGCGUCACAAGAAACAUUGGAAGAACUUGAACAACCAGAGACCUUGUUGAAGCCUGGAACGAGGGCAAAUAAAAAGGGAAAUUUGAAGAGGAAUUAUGCAGACAAUAUUGGAUCAGUGAAACGUUCUAAAUCAGAUGCUACUGCUAGUCGUAUACAUUACCAGACAUCCAUUGUGUUGUUUGGCUUGUCAAGUGAAAUUUAUGGCAUUUUUUCAAACUCGGCACAAGUUAUGGAAGCAACCUCAUCUACUGCAACAGUACAAUCCGCACCUGCUUCAGAUAUCACAAAACUACUAAAAAUAAUGUUGAAAACAUGGGCAGAACCCCGCUAUCUUCAGAGUACAGAAGAACGAAAGAUCCUAAUCACAAGAAUGAAUCCUCACGUUUACAACACAAAAAACUCCUGGCAAACCAUAACACUGGAUGAAAACGACAGAGAUAGCAACUCCGAAACAGAGGAGGAAGGUUAA